CUGACCCCAACCCCCAGGACCCCGCACGCCCCGGCUCACCUGCCUCUCUGCCCCCCCCAGGGGUGGGCCCAGCUGGUGCUGGUGGAAGCGGAGCUGGACCGGACCGUGCGCGUCCUGCAGAACCUCAGUGCGCCCCAGCUGGCUGGGAAGGCGGCCCGGCCCCUGGCUCUGCUCGCCGGCAUCCGGGACGAGCUGCGACGCUGCAUCCCGCUCAAGGCACCGGCCCCCAGAGGCGCCUUCCAGGCCCCCACCGGGCUCAGGAAGCGGCUGCAGAGGAUUUGGGCCAAGAGCAGCCAGGCGUCCCGUGAGUGCUUGGAGAAAGCCGCCGUCCUCAACCUCUUCCGCCUGCUCUACAAACUUGUCAUACCCGUCGCCUACUGGCACACCAGCCCCUGAGACCACGUGUGCACGGGUUAGACCCUGUGCAAACAUGCAGGCAUGUGUGCACGUGUGACUGUGCAUGUCACACCCUGCAGCUGAAAGCAUGUGCACACAUGUUCACACUGCACCUGCAAGCAUGUGCACACACGUUUACACCCUGCACCUGUGAGCAUGUGCACACACAUUUACACUGCACCUGUGAGCAUGUGCACACACAUUUACACUGCACCUGUGAGCAUGUGCACACAAGUUUACACUCCACUACCUGUGCAGACUCCCAGGGCAACACCCUCCCACAUGUGAGAGCCUGCAUGUGCAUGCAUGUGCAUCUGUGUGUAAUGCUAGGUGUGCAAGCAUGUGCACACACAUGGCACGACAUCAGUGCUUCCCCGCUCCACCCGUUCUGGCCGUGGCAGGUCCCACGUUAUUUAUUCCCAUGUGUCUUAGCCCCUGCAGUGCAGCAGGGCGACUCCCCCACGACUGUUCCUGUAUUUAUUGGGUGCCCCAGGGCUGGUCCCCCGGGGGGUGGGGGUGGGUCUUUCCGGAUGUUAAUAAAGCCAAAGCA